AUGAUUGUAUUUAUAGAUAUUAUUCUUAUCUUUACCCUUUUUCUUCAUAUAUGUGAAGGUACAAAUAAUAAUCCACCAGUUAUUAUUGAACAACCACAAGAUAUAUUAGCUGAAUUAGAUAAACCCAUGGCAUUACAUUGUCGUGCUGAAUCUUCAUCAUUAGAUGAUCUUCGUGUUAGUUGGUAUAAAGAUGGACAAUUAGUAACAAUGGAUCCAAAUGCACGAAUUAUAACAGAAUUUAUGGCGUUGCAUGUAAUUAAUACAAUGCCACAAGAUACUGGUGCUUAUUAUUGUGUAGCUGAAAAUUCUUAUGGACGAACACAAAGUCGAACAGCUAAAGUCGAAUUUAUAAGACUUGAUAAAGAAUUUCUUGCAUCUCCAACAUCAACAGCAGCAUCAAUUGGUGAACGAAUUCGUCUUCGUUGUGAACCACCACAUGGUUCACCUAAUCCAAUAGUUUAUUGGGCAAAAAAUGGCAAAAAUCUUUCACUUCCACUUGAUCAUUAUGAUCUUAUAUUACCAUCAAUUCAAGCAACAGAUUUUGGUUCAUAUCGUUGUAUUGCAUCAAAUGGUUUAAUUCGUCAAUCAUCAAUAGCAUAUUUAACUGAAUUUCAUCGACCUAAAAUUUCUAUUCAUCCAUCAACAUCACGCAUCGAUAUUGAACGUGGUAAAUCAAUUGAUUUUCAAUGUCAAAUUGAAAAUAUAAAUAAUGAUGAUCAAUAUCAAAUUGAAUGGCAUUAUGCACAUAAAAAUGGAAAAAUCGUUGGACGAAAUAAUCGUAUUGACAUAUCAUCUGUCGAAUAUAAUCAUAGUGGUUUAUAUAUAUGUCUUGCUAUUUAUAAUAAUGGACGAAAACGACAUGUUUUUUCUGAAGAAAUUCUUCUUUCUGUCCAUGAACGAUUAAUAAUUGAUAAUGAAGAAAAAAUUUUUAGUCAAACAAAUUUAAAUGUUUAUGCUGGACGAUCAACUAUAAUUGAUUGUCAAUUACCAUUUAUAUUUGAUGAAAAAAUUCUUUGGUCAAUUAUAAAUCGUACAGAUAUAUCAAUUGAAAAUAAUCAUCGCUUUGGAUUUAUUGAUCAAAAUCAAUAUCGUUUAAAAAUUCAUCGUAUUGAGGAAUUUGAUAAUGAUCUUUUAUUUGAAUGUUAUUAUCAAAAUCAAAAGCAAACAAGUCAAGGUUUAAUUAAACUACAUGUUGAACGUAUUGACCCACCACCAAUUAUUAUAUUUGUACCUAAUAAUCAAACAGUACCUAGUGGUGUUGAAGUUAAUUUUUCGUGUCAAACAAAAGAUAAUGCUAAAAUUCAAUGGUGGUUUAUAUCGAAUGGUCGAUUACAUAAAUCAAUUAAAAUUGAAAAUAAUAAAAAAUAUAAAAUUGAAACUAAUCAUGAUUUAAUUAUUCGUCAUGUCGAUAAAAAUGAUGUUGGCACAUAUAAAUGUAUUGUAACUAAUACAAAUGAUGAUGAAACAACAUGGAUGGCUCAUUUAAAUGUUGAAGAUCCACGUUCCAAUGCUAUAUUUCAUCGAGUUGAACGUACAGAUUUACCUCAAUCUCCAACACAACCAUUAGCAAUAGGAAUAAAUGGCAAUUCAAUUGAAUUAGCAUGGAAUCAUCCAUCAACAGAUAUUCAAGGUUAUCUUAUAGAAUAUUUUAAUUUAAAUAAUGAAGAUAAAAAUCUUGAAUGGAAACGUUUAUAUACAACAAAUAAAAAUUCACGUCAAAUAAUAAAUGAUUUAAAAAUAAGUUCAACAUAUCAAUUUCUUAUACGUGCACGAAAUUUAUUUGGUUAUGGUCAACCAUCAUUAUUAUCUGAAUUAAUUGAAACUCGUCAUGAACAACAAUUUAAUGAUGAUUUUAUUUAUUUAUUAGAUCCAAUAAAUAUUCAAGAAACAAGCGUAACUAUACAAUGGAAUAUUUUACAACAAAAUCAAUUUAUUGAUCGUUAUUCAAUUUCAAUAACAAGUGAUAAAGAUAUUAAUGAACGUAUUGAAACAAUUAUUUAUAAAAAUAAUUUAACAACAUAUACAAUUACAAAUCUCCGUCCAAAUACAGAUUAUUCAAUACGAAUAAUAGCAUUAAAUAGUUUAACAAAUACAAUAGGUCGUCCAAGUAAUACAAUAUUAAUACGAACAUUAGAAAGUAUUCCAUCAUCAUCACCAACGAAUGUUAUUGUUGAAUUAACAUCAUUGACAAGUCUUUCGAUUCGUUGGAAUCCACCAUUAGAAUUUGAACAAAAUGGUCGUAUUGUUGCGUAUAAAGUUAAUUGUUUAGGAUCAAAUGAAUCAACAUCAAUACGUUUAUUAAAUAUAAGUGCUGAGGCUAAAGGAUUACAUAUAAAAAGUCUUAUUGAAAAUAUGCAAUAUUGUAUUAGUAUUGCAGCACGUACGCGUGUUGGUUAUGGACCAUAUUCACAACCAAUAUGUGUUACAAUGAAUGCUGAUUUUCUAAAGUUAAAUAUUAAUUUAAAUCAAUUCAAUUUUAAACGUCGUUUUCGUGAAGCUAUUACUCAACCAUGGUUUUUACCAUUAAUUAUUAUUUCCAGUGUUCUAAUUACUUGUAUUUUAUUAUAUGCUUGUUGGUUAUGUUUUCAUCGUUUAAUACAUCAACGUCGUCAUGGAAUAAAAUUUGGUAGUUCAAAUUCUGCAUCAUCAUCAUCAUCAUCGUCAUCAAAUCAAUUUGUUGAAAUGCCCAUACAAAAAACUUUAAGUAAUGGGACACGUUAUGAUUUAAUUAAAGAUACGCCACCACCAUCAUCCUCAACAGCCUUAUGGACUGAUACAAUAUCAAGUGGUAUACGUCUUCAAUGUUGUACAACGACAACAGCUUCAGGUAGUAGUCAAUGUGAGCAUGAUCCUCAUUUAAUAAAUAUACAUAAAAAUCCCAUAAAUACACUUUUACAACAAUCUAAACAACAACAACUUAAUCCAUAUGCAACAACUGGAAUAUUUCAACAUACUCAUUCACCACAACAAACAACAUCAGCAUUAUUACCGACUUAUUCGGAAUCAAUACGUUCACCACCAUCAUUACUGUCACAUCACUAUAUAUCAGAUCAACAACAACCAAUAUCAGUACAAUAUCAACCACCAUGGCUUGAUCAUCCAUCUUCAUCCUUUCAAUAUCGUUCUCAAUCACAUACACCAUAUCAUAAUCAUCAUCAUCAUUAUUGUAUGCAUUGUACAUCACAAUCUCAUCCUCAUACACCAUCAUCAAUACGUACAACAACACGUCAUAUGCAUAAUAUUCCACAACAAACCAAUAGUCCAAAUAUGAUAAACAAUGAAAUUCGAUGGCCAAUUGAAACAACAAUGAACAGUUCACCUAUAGUAAAACGUCAAUCACAAUAUGCUCCUCCACCUUCAUCAUCAAAUGCCAUGAUGAUUAAUUCAUUAGGUGGAGAAACAAUGACAACUUCAUGGGCAAGUACAACAGAUGCUAGUAAUCAUGAAAGUAUAUCAUCAUCAUCAUCAUCGUCAUCAACAACUGAUAAUAAUGAACAGAGAAAAAUAGUUAAUGAACAUAGUCGUUCAAGUAGUGAAGGUUCAUUAUUUUCAGAUUCGGAUAAUCAACAAGAUGAAUUGAAUAUAUCAGCAUUAAAUGGCGAUCACGAAAGACGACCGACUUUUCUCAUGCCAAAUGUAUAA